ACAAUUUCUGAAGGUUAAUUAGUUGUAUGUACAUACGGGACAGAUUGGUCGCAUGAGUUUGUCCACUGAACAUAAUAGUGCUACUAAUAGUGAGCAAGAAAAUCAGCCAGAUAAAGUGAUACUUCUGCUUAAGGCUGCUGGAAAUGCUCCUGUAAUGAAAAAGAUGAAGUGGUCUGUAAGCAGGAAGCAGAAAAUCCAUUGGGUAGUGGAUUUUAUAAGGAAAUAUAUAUCAUGUGCUCCUUCUGAAUCUUUAUUUCUCUACGUAAAUCAGUGUUUCGCACCGGCCAUGGAUGCUGAGAUAGGUUCAUUGUAUGACUGUUUCAGUGUAGAAGGAAAACUAAUUUUACAUUAUUGUAAAACUCAGGCGUGGGGAUGAAAAUAUAUUUUCUGUUUAUACUUAUACUUUAACUCACACUUUUAUUUCCUUUUUAGUUCAAUGCAGGCUCGGCAAGUAAAAGUAGAUGGUUUGUUCCUAGUUUUCGACUAACAUUUUUUGCCAGUUGGUAAUUUAAUCAGUUACUUUAUUGAAUCUGUGAUUCAUUUGUAUUUAUACGAAAGAAAUGUUUACCCCCGUGCUUCUUUUACUGACUUUGUCGCUUUUGGCCUGCAUUUAAAGGUAAUCUAUUGCAAUUUCUUGUAACUUUAUCUAUAUAAUAUGAUUAUCAG